UUUGUUUGUUUGAAUUGCAUCAUACACUAUUUUUUUUAAAUUUCUCUAUUAUACAAUUUGUUUGAUGAAUUUUUUUGAGCUAGUGACACAGUAACUUGAGCCAAAAGUAACACUAUCUACUUUUUAAUACUAUUUUUACCCUUAAGAUCAAUGCAACAACCAGUCCAAUUUUUGUUGUUUUCUAUGUUAUCCUCACGCAAUUGAAAGGGGCUAUAGCCUAUAAAUAUUGCAUAUUCUCUCUGACUAAGUAAUUCCAUAUACAACAAUAAGUCUAUCUAUUGGUGUAGUGUGAGAGAAAGGUAGGUUGGAUAGUUGGUUAACCUCGUGGUAAUUCAUUCCUUCUCUAAUUUCCAAUCUUUUUCAGAUUUAAAAAACAGCUAAGAAGUUCAGUGAGUAGUGACAAAGUGAAUACUCCUCAAAGUUGGUCGGAAUGAAGCAAAGAAAAGAAGAAGGAAUCGUUGCUUUUGGAUCCAAGAAAGAGGUUGUUAGAAGAUCACCACCACCUCCUCCUCCGCUACCAAAAUUCCGAGUCAUCUCAAAACCAAGAGGCGAAGAGAGCGUCACAAAGCGAGAAAUUGCAAAGUUUUGGAAGCAAAAGAGAAUUGUGGAGGAGGAUCAUCUCCUUGCUGCUAUCAAAGCCGCAGCAAGACUCCGUGCCCGCAACCUCACGGAGCAAGAGUAUUUGAGCUUUGAAUUGAGCUUAAAGUGUGACCAUGAUGAAGAUGAGGUCAAUAAAGUUGAUGAGGACAAGGAAGUGCGCGUGGGAAUAAAGGAUUGGUGGACAAAAAGCAAGUAUGCAUAUUUGAAUCAACCAGCCUUAUCUUCCAUGGAUCCUCCUAAGAAAAGGACAUCUACUUAUGUUCCUAAUUGUCUUUCUUACAAGGCCAAGGCUUUGUAUCCUACAGCUAUUGGCGUCUUUUAAAGUCAUUGGAGACAUUCCAUUAUUGUUUGUCAAUUGGUCAGGAACUAGGGUAGUUCCCUUGAUCAUGUUUCAUUUCUUAUUCAAAAUCAUGUAUGUUAUUUGUUUGGGAUAAGUGUUGUUAAAUUUGUAUUUGAUUGGGCUUGGGCCAACCUUUAUUGAGUGCAACGAAAACCAUUUCUAAGUUAAAGGAAUUUGGACAUUUUAAACAUGUCGUUAUGAA